CUCCCCAGUGUGUGUGUGUGCCUUCUGAUGCGGAGGUGUCGAUGUAAGAAACAAAGCCUUGUGAAAAACAACCACUAGUGUGAGGUGUUAAAUAUAGCCUUGUGAAGACAUGUUCUGAUCGUUUAUUUGUGCGUGUGUGUAUAGCUACCCAUGCAUAUGCUGCGUUGUAGUGUGGUGCAUGAGAUAGAUGCGUGAUGUGCUGGCUGUAGCAUCCAGCAGUGGUGUGGUACGGUCUAUGCUGCUCUGACGCUUUGCUGAGGAGGCUGCCUGACUGCGUACGAGGAGAUGUAUCUCGGUGAAGGGUGAACAGGGAAGGGGUAGGUAGGGAGGAUGUGAUGGCGAGAGAGAGUGAAGCAAGAGCACGUGAUUGGGUGAGAGGGUGGAGAUGCGCAUGGCGUGCUGAGGGUGGAGCUUAGCAUCAGGCAAUUCCUGCUCUCUGUUUCUUUCUCUCUCCUCUGUCUCUCCUCACACUCACGGCAUCCUCAUAUUUCCACUCACGUCUAGUAUGUUCACCUGCUCUCCCUUUCUUGUCCUUCAUCCUCCUCUUUGUGGGCUAUUUCAGUGGACUCUGUGUGUUCUUAUGGACUAUCAUCCGCUUCCUCCCAACUUGGUCUGAGCAACAGGGGGGCUUUCCAGGCACCAGCACUCCCUCUCUCGGUUUUUAUCCCCCUCACUGGGGGAGGGGGGGAGGACUAAGGGUGGGGGUGUAUAGCACCUCCUGGGGCAGUGUGGGGGUAAGACGGAGGCGGAUAGGUGUGGAGGGAGUAGGAGUGGUGAGGAUGGUAAUGCCGGCCCGUGGCUCUCCCUUCUUCCUGCUGCUACUGCUUCUCUGUAGGCUGUGUGUCUCAGGGGCACAGUCCUGCUUCUUCUUCUCGUCAUGAGCCUGGCAGCAAGGGUCUCCUGCUCUGUGCUCAACUGCUUUAGUGAAGAAGGACCCCCCAGUCUGGAGUAUAUCCAGGCCAAGGACUUGUUCCCUCCGAAAGAGCUGGUCAAGGAGGACGACAGCCUCCAGGUGCCGUUCCCAGCUCUGCAGGGGGAAGGGGUGGAGUAUCUAGGCCGAGCCGAUGACACCAUCAUCGCCAUCUCCAACUACAGGCUCCACAUCAAGUUUAAGGACUCCAUUAUAAAUGUGCCUCUGAGGCUCAUAGAGAGUGUGGAGAGCAGAGACAUGUUCCAACUGCACGUCAUCUGCAAGGACGCCAAAGUCGUCAGAUGCCAUUUCUCGACAUUCAAGCAGUGCCAGGAGUGGCUGAAGCGUCUGAACCGGGCCAUAGCCCACCCUAGCAGGCUGGAGGAUCUGUUUGCCUUGGCCUACCACGCCUGGUGUCUGGGGGGCAGCGCAGACGAUGAGGACCAGCACCUACACCUCUGUAGACCAGGUGAUCAUGUCCGUCAGAGGCUGGAGAUGGAGGUGAGGAGGAUGGGCUUCGACAUGCAAAACGCCUGGAGAGUGUCCGACAUCAACCUCAACUACAAGUUGUGCUCCAGCUACCCCCAGAAGCUGCUGGUGCCAGUGUGGAUCACAGACAAGGAGCUGGAGAGUGUCGGCUCCUUCAGGUCCUCUAAGAGGAUCCCUGUGGUGGUCUACAGGCACCAGAGGAACGGGGCAGUGAUCGCCCGUUGCAGCCAGCCAGAGAUCAGCUGGUGGGGCUGGAGAAACACAGAGGAUGAAUACUUGGUCACCUCCAUCGCUAAGGCCUGUCUGAUGGACCCAGGGGCCAGGGUCACCUGUGGGGCCGCAGCCUGCAGCCGGCCCCGAGGGAAGGGCCCAGACAGCUCCGACAGCGACUUUGACUCCUCUCUGACAGGAUGUUCAGGCCCUGAUGCCAACGCUGCGCCACAGAAGCUUCUCAUUCUCGACGCCCGCUCCUAUACCGCUGCAGUGGCCAACCGUGCCAAGGGAGGUGGCUGUGAGUGUGAAGAGUACUACCCGAACUGUGAGGUGAUGUUCAUGGGCAUGGCCAACAUCCACUCCAUUAGGAACAGCUUCCAGUCCCUCCGAACAGUCUGUAGGCAGAUCCCCGACCCUGGGAACUGGCUUUCUGCUCUGGAGAGCACCCGUUGGCUGCAGCACCUAUCCGUCAUGCUGAAGGCUGCCACUCUAGUGUGCUCUGCGGUGGAAAGGGAGGGACGUCCUGCCCUGGUGCAUUGUUCAGACGGGUGGGACCGCACCCCACAGAUUGUGGCUCUUGCCAAGAUCUUGCUGGACCCCUUCUAUAGGACACUAGAGGGUUUCCAGGUACUGGUGGAGACAGAGUGGUUGGACUACGGUCAUAAGUUUGGCGAUCGCUGCGGUCACCAGGAGAGUGCUGAUGAUGUGAGUGAGAAGUGUCCUGUCUUCCUACAGUGGCUAGACUGUGUUCACCAGCUACUCAAACAGUUCCCCUGCUUCUUCGAGUUCAACGAGGCAUUCUUGGUCAAGCUGGUUCAGCACACAUACUCGUGUCUGUACGGGACGUUCCUGUGUAACAACAGGUGGGAGAGAGAGGCCCGCAACAUCUACAAACGCACCUGCUCCAUCUGGUCUCUGCUCCGCACCGGCAACAAGAACUUCCAGAACUUCCUUUAUAUUCCCUGUCAUGAUAUGGUGCUGCAGCCGGUGUGCCACACCCGGGCCCUGCAGCUGUGGACGGCCGUCUACCUGCCCACCUCCUCCCCCUGCACCGCUGCCGAGGACGCCAUGGAGCUCUACCUGUGCCCCUGCGCACAGGGAGAUGAGCUCACCUCACGAUCUCUCGACAGGCUUCCUAAGUCUCGCUCCAUGGACAGCCUGGUGUCGGCCUGUGAGAACGGGAUGGCCCUCACCCGCACCUCCAGCGACCCCAACCUCAACAAGCACUGCCAGGAGGGCCGUACUGCCCAUGGCUUGGAGCCUAUGGCUGCUAUAGGAGGAGGGGCCGAACCCGAUAGCCCCGAGGACGUCAGCCCUGACACGGGAUUGGACGACAAUGACUCGGAGGUGGAGCCUGUCACUCAGACUCCUCCUACCACACCCCUGGAGAUGGAGCCAAGGGAAGAGGGCUUUGAGGAGGAGUUGAGAGAGGAGAUUUGUCUGACGACACAACCUCUGCCCUCCCUGCCCCUCCCCCCCGUCACUCUGGAGAAGGGCUUCCCCCAUCCCCCCCCUCUCCCCCUGCCCACACCCAUUCUCCUCCAUUCCCUCCUCCAGACUACCAGCCCCCAUUGCCCUCCCCCUCCCUUGCCACAACAGGCGGCUGCCAGCCACUACAGGACUGCUGAGGUCACUACCCACCCUGCCCGGGCAGCAGAAGCAUGCCUACCUUCCCCACCUGCCUGGAAGGGCCCACUACCAGCAGCUGUUCUGAAUGGGCCUAUCACCAAUAGCCUCCAGAACAGACACUCAGCUUCUGCAGAGCUGCCGGCCCUCGAGCAGCUAGUUCCUUUAUUCCCUAGGGUCAUGGAAGACUCCACAGAGACCCUCACGGACAAAGCAGAGGCCCCACCAACACCGCCCCACAGCAGGAAAGAAAGUCUGGGCCAGACCCGGGCCCCAGAGUGGGCCUUACCCCAGGCCCAGACCCAGUCCCAGGCCCAGGGAGCGGAGAGAGAAGGGAAGAGGACAGGGGUUGUGAGUGGUAGAGAGUUGGUGCCUUUGAGAGAAUGUGUUGUAGCAGUACCAACAGUAGCAACGGCCUCCGCAUCUACAGUGCCCCCUGUUGACAACAGCCAGGUAGUGGCGGUGCAACACCCGGUCUCCCAGAGCCAACUGAGUGUCAAUGAGGAGCUGUCUCUCCUGGGCUCCCACUGGGAGAGUGUCCAGGGCCUGGUCCAGUCCGCCUGCAACACCGCAGCCAGCCAGUCUGGCCUCCCAGCUAAUCUCUCCUCAGGUUUCUGUCAGACCCUCCAACCCACCGCCUACCAGAGUCGACGCCUGGCUGGCAAGCUGCUCCGUGCCCAGGGCAUGGCCGUGUCCAACGGGUUGCCUAACGGAGGUUCGCAGUGCUGCCGAAAGGAGAAGGAGGAAAGGGUCCGUGGCCCGGCUCCAGCCCCAGCCAGCUCCAGCACAGUCCAGUCAGGGUCAGGCUGGCUCUCUGCAGUCAGAAGCAGCUCAGGCUAUGCUGCCAUCUGCAGCCAAACCAGCACCAGCACUCCACCCACCUCUUCAACCCGCCAGUUCUUACCAGCCUCUCCCUUCUCCCCGCCCUCCCAUCCCCCCCCGGCCUACCUGGAUGAUGACGGGCUGCCGGUGCCCAUGGACGUGGUGCAGCAGCGUCUCAGGCAGAUCGAGGCGGGAUAUAAACAGGAAGUGGAAGUGCUGAGGAGACAGGUGCGCCAGCUGCAGAUGAGGCUGGAGAGACAGUACGGCAUGCCGCCCUCUGAGCCUGACGUCGACUACGAGGACGACAUUACGUGUCUGCGUGAGUCAGACGAUAGUGACGAGGAGGAAAGUCUGUCGGAUCACAGCGAGGACUGUUUCUCCGAGGGCAGCUGGGACAGAGUGGAGCAGAAGGACACAGAGGUCAGCGUCCCUCGUAGUCUGCUUCAGGUCACCAGGUGGGUGCCCGAUCACAUGGCCUCCCAUUGUUUCAACUGUGACUGUGAGUUCUGGAUGGCCAAGCGACGUCAUCACUGCAGGAACUGUGGCAAUGUGUUCUGUAAAGACUGCUGCCACCUGAAGCUGCCCAUCCCAGACCAGCAGCUGUACGACCCUGUCUUAGUGUGUAACAUCUGCUAUGACCUGCUGCUGGAGGCUAGGAACAGAGAGAUCUGCAGCCAGCAGCUCAAGAAACCCAUCGCCACAGCCUCCAGCUGAGAGACAGGAGAGAGAGCCCCUUACUGUCCUGGCUCAGUCUGGCCUGGCCUAGUUCAGUUUGGCCCGGUUAGGACCUGGAUGAGCACCUUCUUGGAUCAGCUUGAGCCAUGUGCCCUGCUCCUACUACCCUAACAUGGUCUGGUCUUGGCUGUGUGGGAAGAUGAGGAGGACUUGUGGUUGCUCUGUGGCAGGGAGGCAAAGCUUGAGAAUGGAGAGAGGUCACUGACCACUGGGGAUGAGAGACUGACUGAGGAGUGGAAGAGGAUAGGGGAUGACAGUGAAUUAACUGAGUGAGGGAGAUGGAUGAGGAAGAGCUGUUAUGGAGGCUAUCCCACUGAGUUGAACCCCUUUUGGUCUAACACAUUUCCAGCCUGGAAGGAAGGCUGCAGCGUCCUGCUGCCCCGACCUGGGGCUAUUGUUCUCCACUGGUGCCUCAGAUACCCCCUGAUGCCCCAUGCCACCCCCCUGCUCCUAUAGCUCCAUCUCAAACCUACCUGAAUGUCCACCCCCAUUCUAGCGCAUCCCUCUCACACACACCAACCAACCACCCCAUAAUGUGCCUCCCCGCCCGAAACACACACACACACACACACCCACCUACUCGCCUCCAAGGACAAUCUCUUGCCCUCCCAAGUGUUGGGGACUCCAAAGCCUUUACCUGUUAAAUGGAGGCUGAUGACAACUUUAACACAAAAAUAAAAAAUGCUGCUACAGUAUUUAAGUCUAAUUUUGUAUUCUUAUUAUUUUGUGCACUACAAGCUGUUUGUGUAUUUAAGGGAAUUUGAGACCAAACUCGAGCGAAAGGGAGAAAUCUGCUGUUUACUUGCUGUUGUAUCUUUUUGUAGAGCUUGAAUGUAAAUGUUAGAAAUGAAAUGGACAAGUGUGUUGGAGUAACUGGAAGCCUGACGAUAAUAUUUGAUUAUGUGGUAACACUUGACACCCAGCAUCAUAACACGGUAUGACAUGGUCAUAACCAUUUCAUAUGUCAUAACAGCUGACAUAACUUGUCAUAACAUGUUAUAAUAGGGUCAUAACACUCAUGACACAUAUUUAGACUUGUUGUGACAUAUAUUGUGUUAUUUUAUGGCUGGUUAUGACACCUACAUAAGAGUAAAAACGCACAAAACCUACCACAGUAGUUAUUUUAUGGCUGGUUGUGAUGUUAUGUAUAUUUUUUAAGUUGGCCAAUGCUGAUGACUGGAUGAAUGCAGGAGAAGAUUUCAGGAGCAGGACAAGACACAUUCUUUUUGACUGAUAUAAAGGGGAUGUAAAUGAGCAUAUCUGGCUUAUAUGAUUAUGAUGGUCAUAAUGCUUCUUGACAGUGUCAUAAAGUGUAUUUUCUCAGUCCAAGUAAAGUGACAGUGGUCAUAAUGCUUCAUGACAGUGUCAAAGGUUAUUUUAUUUUUUUACAAGUGAUUUAAAAUAUGAGGAAAAAUAACAUGACUGUAAAGAAUUCAUUACGACAACAAAGGUUUCAAGAAACAAACAUUCAAACGAAAGGAAACAUCUUCAGGGAAAAAAGUAUUACAUUUUUUUUUUAGUUGUGACACUUAUGUAGGUGUCAUAACCAGUCAUAAAAUAACAAAAUAUAUGUCACAACAAGUGUAAAUAUAUGGGUCAUGACUGUUAUGACCAUGUUAUGACAAGUGUUACUGUUUAUGUUAACGCACAUUAGGUGGGUUGUGUACUUUUUCAUUCCUGCAAUGUGUUAUUUAAAAAAAUAUAUAAUAUGCACAGUUAAUGUGGUUCUGCCUUUAUCAAUGCUAUUCUCAAUUCCUGUCGCAACGGUUUUAACAUUAGCGGUACCCCACUAUUUGUAUCGAGAAAGGGUUAUCACAGAUAAAUAAUCGUCAUUCGGAUAUAUAUGCACCUGAUCAGAGGAGUCUUAAAAAAUUAUAAUAGAAUGGCUAACCAUCCAGACAAGGAAAGUUGUUUCCGCGUUUCCAAAUAGAGGGUUUUCUGCAAUGUUGUCAUAGAGUAUGACUUGAAAGAUCACUAGAAAGCACUUGAUGGCUGUUAGCUGAUGGGAGAGGGAGGGAUGAUGGAGGGGUUUUGAAUAAUGGAGUACACAGUACCAGUCAAAAGUUUGGACACACCUACUCAUUCAAUGGUUUUUCUUUAUUUUUACUAUUUUCUAUAUUGUAGAAUAAUAGUAAAGACAUCAAAACUAUGAAAUAACACAUAUGGAAUCAUGUUGUAUCCAAAAAAGUGUGAAACAAAUCCAAAUAUAUUUAUAUUUGAUUCUUCAAAAUAGCCACCUUUUGCCUUGAUGACAGCUUUGCACACUCUUGGCAUUCUCUCAACCAGCUUCACCCGUAAUGCUUUUCCAACAAACUUGAAGGAGUACCCACAUAUGCUGAGCACUUGUUGGCUGCUUUUCCUUCACUCUGCGGUCCAGCUCAUAGUAAAACCAUCUCAAUUGGGUUGAGGUUGGGUGAUUGUGGAGGCCAGGUCAUCUGACGCAGCACUCCAUCACUCUCCUUCUUGGUCAAAUAGCCCUUACACAGCCUGGAGGUGUGUUGGGUCAUUGUCCUGUUGAAAAACAAAUGAUAGUCCCACUAAGCGCAAACCAGAUGGGAUGGCGUAUCUCUGCCGAAUGCUGUGGUAGCCAUGCUGGUUAAGUGUACCUUGAAUUCUAAAUAAAUCACAGACAGUGUCACCAACAAAGCACCCCGACACCAACUCCAUGCUUCAUGGUGGGAAAUACACAUGCGGAGAUCAUCCGUUCACCUUCUCUGCGUCUCACAAAGACACGGCGGUUGGAACCAAAAAUCUCAAAUUUGGACUCAUCAGACCAAAGGACAGAUUUCCACUGGUCUAAUGUCCAUUGCUCAUGAUUCUAGGCCCAAGCAAGUCUCUUCUUAUUAUUGGUGUCAUUUAGUAGUGGUUUCUUUGCAGCAAUUCGACCAUGAAGGCCUGAUUCAACAGUUGAUUUUGAGAUGUGUUUGUUACUUGAAAUAUGUUACUUGAACUAUUUAUUUGGGCUGCAAUUUCUGAGGCUUGUAACUCUAAUGAACUUCUCCUCUGCAGCAGAAGUAACUCUGUGUGUUCCUUUCCUGUGGUGGUCCUCAUGAGAGCCAGUUUCAUCAUAGCGCUUGAUGGUUUUUGCAACUGCACUUGAAGAAAUUUUCCCGCAUUGACUGAUCUUCAUGUCUUAACGUAAUGAUGGACUGUCAUAUCUCUUUGCUUAUUUGAGCUGUUCUUGGCAUAAUAUGGACAUGGUCUUUUACCACAUACGACUAUCUUCUGUGUACCACCCCUACCUUGUCACAACACAACUGAUUGGCUCAAACGCAUUAAGAAGGAAAGAAAUUACACAAAUUAACUUUUAACAAGGCACACCUGUUAAUUAAAAUGCAUUCCUGACUACCUCAUGAAGCUGGUUGAGAGAAUGCCAAGAGUGUGCAAAGCUGUCAUCAAGGCAAAAGGUGGCUACUUUGAAUAAUCUCAAAUAUAAAAUAUAUUAUGAUUUGUUUAACACUUUUUGGGUGACUACAUGAUUCCAUAUGUUUUUUCAUAGUUUUGAUCUUCACUAUUAUUCUGCAAUAUAGAAAAUAGUAAAAAUAAAGAAAAACCCUGGAAUAGUAAACGUUGUGUGCAAACGUUUGACUGGUACUGUAUUUCUACAGUGAUGUUUGAGAAGGGCUUGAUGUUGAUGUACAGUAACAUUGUCCUGUUUUGAUUGACUGCUCAACCCUCGUCUUUUGAUUGAUUGUUCGAUCAAUCGUUCGAUCAUCCUCCUUGUCAGGUUCCUGUCUCAGAAAUUAGUACCCGGCAUUAAAAAGACUCCAGAGAAAGUACUAAAGUGCUAUUUCUUUAUUUCCUGUACUUACAGUAGGCGAGUUUGGCUAGCCUUGUAUCUAAACUGAGUUUGUCAUGUUUCCAAAAUGAACUGACACUGUUGGGGAACGUAGCUAAAUAAGUUUGGAUGCCGUGCCGGAGUUUGGCUGUGGUUCCAACAAAUUGUUCGAUUGCAAAAAGCUCUGUGUUUGUUUCGUCUAAUGAGCGUUCCUUGACACAAUAGUGCCAUAUUUUCUUUAUUUUGGUAUUUUUAUUUUUGAAAGCAUUUCUCAUGGAGACGACAGCAGGUUAACUAACUGGCCACUGCUUGGUUUGUUUUAAUGGUACAGAUAGCUGCUUUAACAACAUGGAAAUUAUUUAAAUAUCAGAACAGGGACAUGUCCAUUAGAUAAUGAGAUUGAUUUGUUUGUUUGUAAAAGAAUGAACUGAAGAUUUAAGGAUUUAAAUUAAAUAUUGAGUUUGUAUGGUUGUCAUGGUUAUCCAUUGCAUAAUAACUUUUGGGGUCUUUCACACUAUGUUGAUUAAGGCAAAACCUUAACGAGGAGGUUGUGGAACCCAGAUUUGCAUAGUUAUCUGAUUCUGUACAAGUGGCUAAAACCUGUCACUUAGCAAAUAAUUGUGUAAACAAAUUAAAUGCACUGUAAAAGGUCAAGGGUUAAAAUAAAAAAGAUUAUCUAUAUCAUG